AUCAGUGUAGCAGAGUACCCCUCUAACGGAUUCUCCUGUCGCUGUGCUGCUCCAGGAGGAUAGAUAGAGGCAGUACUCGGAAUAGUGGUCAAACCCUCCCCCUUUUUCCGUCAUUCCCUUAUUCGCAUCUAGUGUCGUAGUGCUGUAACCCAAGGCCAGCCUGCUGCUGCUGCACCACCGCUGGACCUGAGCUGCUCUCACCCGCACAUCUUCCUCACCGCUUAGUGCCGCAGUGCCGUGAUCCAGUGGGCUUUUUGCUGGGGAGAACCGUCCGCACCACAGAAUUCUGUGAGAAGAAACUGAUGACGAAUAGAGAUUGGUGGAGGUCAACAUGACGGCAGUAGCAGCAGACUUUGACAACAUUGAAAUCCAGCAUCAGUACACUGAUGUAAACAACCGUUGGGAAGCAGAUGACUGGGAUAAUGAGAACAGUUCUGCGCGACUGUUUGAGAGAUCUCGUAUUAAGGCCCUAGCAGAUGAACGUGAGGCAGUACAGAAGAAAACCUUUACAAAAUGGGUUAACUCACACUUGGCCCGUGUGUCCUGCAGAAUCACAGACUUGUACACAGAUCUUCGCGAUGGACGCAUGCUCAUCAAACUAUUGGAAGUGCUUUCAGGGGAAAGACUUCCGAAACCCACCAAGGGAAGAAUGCGUAUCCACUGUUUGGAAAAUGUGGACAAAGCUCUUCAGUUCUUAAAGGAGCAAAGAGUGCACUUAGAAAACAUGGGCUCCCAUGAUAUCGUGGAUGGGAACCACAGACUGACCCUUGGUCUGAUAUGGACCAUCAUUCUCAGGUUUCAGAUCCAAGAUAUCAGUGUUGAAACUGAAGAUAAUAAAGAGAAGAAAUCUGCAAAGGAUGCCUUACUUUUGUGGUGCCAGAUGAAAACAGCUGGGUACCCCAAUGUCAACAUCCACAAUUUCACUACAAGCUGGCGAGAUGGAAUGGCCUUCAAUGCACUAAUUCACAAACACCGACCUGACCUUAUUGAUUUUGAUAAGCUGAAGAAAUCCAAUGCACACUACAACCUGCAGAAUGCUUUCAACCUCGCAGAGCAGCACCUCGGCCUCACUAAGCUUCUGGACCCAGAAGAUAUCAGCGUUGACCAUCCUGAUGAGAAGUCCGUUAUCACAUAUGUUGUCACAUACUACCACUACUUCUCCAAAAUGAAGGCACUGGCUGUUGAAGGAAAACGUAUUGGAAAGGUGCUUGAAAAUGCAAUUGAAACUGAGAAAAUGAUUGAGAAGUACGAGUCCCUGGCGUCUGACCUCUUGGAAUGGAUCGAACAAACUAUCAUCAUCUUGAACAAUCGCAAAUUUGCCAACUCCCUGAUUGGUGUGCAGCAGCAGCUACAGGCAUUCAACACCUAUCGUACAGUAGAGAAACCACCCAAAUUCACUGAAAAAGGCAACCUGGAAGUACUUCUCUUUACCAUCCAAAGCAAGAUGAGGGCAAACAACCAGAAAGUAUACAUGCCAAGAGAAGGAAAACUCAUCUCAGAUAUUAAUAAGGCCUGGGAAAGACUGGAAAAAGCAGAACAUGAAAGAGAACUGGCACUCCGAAAUGAACUCAUUAGACAGGAAAAACUGGAACAGCUUGCACGACGUUUUGACCGCAAGGCAGCUAUGAGAGAAACUUGGCUAAGUGAAAAUCAGCGCUUAGUUUCUCAGGACAACUUUGGAUUUGACCUCCCAGCUGUGGAAGCUGCAACCAAAAAACAUGAAGCUAUUGAGACUGACAUUGCAGCCUAUGAAGAACGAGUUCAAGCAGUGGUUGCUGUUGCUAAAGAGCUCGAUGCUGAGAACUACCAUGACAUCAAACGCAUCACUGCUAGAAAGGACAAUGUCAUACGCCUGUGGGAGUAUCUGUUAGAACUGCUGAAGGCACGCAGACACCGACUGGAAAUGAACCUCAGUCUACAGAAGAUCUUCCAGGAAAUGCUUUAUAUAAUGGACUGGAUGGAUGAAAUGAAGAUGCUUCUGUUAUCACAAGACUAUGGCAAACACUUGCUUGGUGUGGAAGAUCUGGUUCAGAAACACGCAUUAGUGGAAGCUGAUAUUGCUAUUCAGGCAGAGAGAGUCCGUGCUGUGAAUGCUUCUGCUCAGAAAUUUGCUUCAGAUGAUGAUGGUUAUAAGCCAUGUGACCCGCAAGUUAUCCGUGAUCGUGUGGCUCACAUGGAGUUCUGUUACCAAGAACUAUGCCAGCUGGCUGCAGAACGUAGGGCCCGUUUGGACGAAUCCAGACGCCUGUGGAAAUUCUUUUGGGAGAUGGCAGAAGAAGGUGGCUGGAUCAAGGAAAAAGAACAAAUUAUAUCAUCAGAAGACUAUGGUAAGGAUCUAACCAGUGUGGUUCGGCUUUUAACGAAGCACAAGGCAUUUGAGGAUGAGAUGAGUGGGCGGAGUGGACAUUUACACCAGACCAUUAAGGAAGGUGAAGCCAUGAUUGCAGAUGAGCACUUUGGAACUGACAAAAUCAGAGAGAGACUGACAGAUAUCCAAGAACAGUGGGCCAACCUUGAGCAGUUGUCAGCCAUCAGGAAAAAACACUUGGAGGAAGCCUUAAACCUGUAUCAGUUCCAGGCAGAUGCUGAUGACACUGAUGCUUGGAUGCUAGAUAUUCUAAGAAUUGUCUCUAGCAGUGAUGUUGGGCAUGAUGAAUAUUCAACUCAGUCUUUGGUGAAGAAACACAAGGAUGUUGCAGAGGAAAUUGCCAAUUACAGGUCAACCAUAGACUCAUUGAUUGAGCAGUCAAAAGCUCUGCCAGUAGAAUUUGCUCAGUCCCAAGAUGUACAGGAUAGAUUGUCAGGUAUCGAGGAACGCUACAAAGAAGUUGCAGAACUUGCACGGCUGCGAAAGCAGGCCCUACAGGAUGCUCUUGCACUUUACAAGAUGUCCAGUGAGACUGAUGCUUGUGAGCUGUGGAUUUAUGAAAAAGAACAGUGGCUUAACAACAUGCACAUUCCAGAGAAGCUGGAAGAUCUUGAGGUUAUUCAACACAGAUUUGAGAGCUUAGAACCCGAGAUGAACAACCAAGCCUCCCGCGUUGCUGUAGUUAACCAGAUUGCCCGCCAGCUACUCCACAGUGGACAUCCAAGUGAGAAGGAGAUAAAAGCUCAGCAAGAUAAACUCAACACAAGGUGGAGCCAGUUUCGAGAGCUGGUGGACCGAAAGAAAGAUGCCCUCACCAGUGCCCUUAGCAUUCAGAACUACCACCUUGAAUGCAAUGAAACAAAGUCCUGGAUCAGAGAGAAGACCAAAGUUAUUGAAAGUACACAGGAACUGGGCAAUGAUCUGGCAGGAGUCAUGGCCCUGCAGAGGAAGCUAACAGGUAUGGAGCGGGAUUUGGCAGCCAUUGAAGCAAAACUCGAUGACCUGCAGAAAGAAUCAGAAAAACUUGCAGAAGAGCACCCUGAUCAGGCCCAAGCAGUCCAGGGUCGCUUAACAGAAAUUGAUGAUGUCUGGGAGGAAAUGAAAACUACACUCAAAAACCGUGAAGAAUCUCUUGGUGAGGCUAGCAAGCUCCAGCAGUUCCUACGUGAUUUAGAUGACUUUCAGUCUUGGUUGUCUAGGACCCAGACUGCUAUUGCCUCGGAGGAUAUGCCAAACACUCUUGCUGAGGCUGAGAAAUUGCUGACACAGCACGAAAACAUCAAGAAUGAAAUCAAUAACUAUGAAGAGGACUACCAGAAGAUGCGUGACAUGGGUGAAAUGGUAACACAGGGUCAGACAGAUGCACAGUAUAUGUUUCUACGCCAGCGACUUCAGGCUUUGGAUACUGGAUGGAAUGAGCUACACAAGAUGUGGGAGAACAGACAAAGCCUCCUGUCACAGUCACAUGCAUAUCAGCUGUUUCUCCGAGAUACAAAACAGGCAGAAGCAUUCCUCAAUAACCAGGAGUAUGUACUGGCACAUACAGAAAUGCCAACUACCUUGGAAGCUGCUGAAGCUGCCAUUAAGAAGCAGGAAGACUUCAUGACCACCAUGGAUGCUAACGAAGAGAAGAUCAAUGCUGUUGUAGAGACAGGCCGGAGACUAGUCAGUGAUGGCAAUAUCUACUCUGACAAGAUUCAAGAGAAAGCAGACUCCAUUGAUGACAGGCAUAAGAAGAACCGUGAAGCUGCCAGUGAAUUGUUGAUGCGACUGAAGGAUAACCGUGACCUCCAGAAGUUCCUGCAGGAUUGCCAAGAGCUGUCACUAUGGAUCAAUGAAAAGAUGCUGACUGCUCAGGACAUGUCAUAUGAUGAAGCAAGAAACCUACACAGCAAGUGGCUGAAACACCAAGGAUUCAUGGCUGAGCUGGCAUCCAACAAAGAAUGGCUGGAUAAAAUUGAAAAGGAUGGGGCAGUACUCAUCACAGAGAAGCCUGAGACGGAACAAGUAGUGAAGGAGAAGUUAACUACAUUGCAUAGAAUGUGGCAAAACCUGGAAUCUACCACACAGACCAAGGCACAGUGUCUCUUUGAUGCCAACAAGGCUGAGCUCUUUACACAAAGCUGUGCUGAUUUGGAUAAAUGGCUGAAUGGUUUAGAGACCCAGAUACAAUCAGAUGACUAUGGGAAGGACCUCACAAGUGUUAACAUCUUGUUGAAAAAGCAGCAGAUGCUUGAGAAUCAGAUAGAAGUGCGAAAGAAAGAAGUGGAGGAGCUGCAGAGUCAAGCCCAAGCUCUGCGUCAAGAAGGAAAAGAUACAGAUGAAGUAGAUGGUCAACGAGUUAUUGUGGAGCAACGACUAGUGCAGUUAAUGGGCCCAUUAAAUGAGAGGAAGAAAUACUUGUUUGCAUCCAGGGAGAUCCAUCAGUUCAACAGAGAUGUGGAAGAUGAAAUUUUAUGGGGUGAUGAACGAAUGCCUAUUGCAACAUCUACAGACCAUGGCCAUAACCUUCAGACUGUGCAGCUUUUGAUCAAGAAAAAUCAGACUCUUCAGAAAGAAAUCCAGGGUCAUCAGCCACGUACAGAUGACAUCCUUGAGAGGAGCCAACACAUCACAGUUGAUGGUAGCCCCCAAACAGAAGCCAUCAAACAGAGAGUAGCUGAUCAGCAGACUCUCUGGAAUCUGCUUAUUGAGGAAACUGAGAAACGGCACAAAAGGCUGGAAGAGUCGCACAGGGCCCAGCAGUACUACUUUGAUGCUGCAGAGGCUGAAGCCUGGAUGAGUGAACAAGAGCUCUACAUGAUGUCUGAAGAGAAGGCCAAGGAUGAGCAAAGCGCAGUAACUAUGCUGAAGAAACAUCAGAUCCUGGAGCAGGCAGUUGAAGAUUAUGCAGAAACAGUACAUCAGUUGUCCAAGACUAGCCGUGCCCUUGUAGCAGAGGGACAUCCAGAGAGUGAGCGGAUCAGCAUGCGCCAAUCUCAAGUGGACAAGUUGUAUGCUGGCCUCAAGGAUUUGGCAGAGGAGAGGAAAGGCAAGUUAGAUGAACGAUAUCGGCUGUUUCAGCUUAAUCGUGAGGUGGAUGACCUGGAGCAAUGGAUUGCUGAGAGGGAAGUUGUGGCUGGAUCUCAUGAGCUGGGACAGGACUAUGAACAUGUCACAAUGUUACAGGAAAGGUUCCGUGAAUUUGCCAGAGACACUGGUAACAUAGGACAAGAACGUGUGGAUGCUGUGAACCACAUGGCAGAUGAGCUGAUAAAUUCUGGACAUUCCGAUGCAGCCACAAUUGCUGAAUGGAAGGAUGGCCUCAAUGAGGCUUGGGCAGAUUUGUUGGAGCUGAUUGAUACUAGAACCCAGAUUCUGGCAGCAUCAUAUGAACUACACAAAUUCUAUCAUGAUGCCAAGGAGAUCCUUGGUCGUAUUCAAGACAAACACAAGAAGCUGCCAGAAGAACUGGGUAGGGACCAAAAUACAGUAGAAACACUACAGAGAAUGCAUACAACAUUUGAGCAUGAUAUUCAAGCUUUGGGCACUCAGGUGAGACAGCUGCAGGAAGAUGCUGCACGCCUCCAAGCUGCCUAUGCUGGCGACAAAGCUGAUGAUAUCCAGAAAAGAGAGAAUGAGGUUCUGGAAGCCUGGAAAACAUUACUAGAUGCUUGUGAAGGUCGUAGAGUCCAGUUACUUGACACAGGAGACAAGUUCCGGUUCUUCAGUAUGGUGCGAGACUUGAUGCUUUGGAUGGAAGAUGUAAUACGUCAAAUAGAAGCUCAGGAGAAGCCAAGAGAUGUUUCAUCUGUUGAACUGCUAAUGAACAAUCACCAGGGUAUCAAAGCAGAGAUUGAUGCCCGUAAUGACAGCUUUACUACAUGCAUCGAGCUUGGCAAAUCUUUGCUAGCAAGAAAACACUACGCUUCAGAAGAGAUAAAAGAGAAGCUAUUGCAACUGACAGAGAAGAGAAAAGAAAUGAUUGACAAGUGGGAGGACAGAUGGGAAUGGCUGAGGCUAAUUUUGGAAGUUCAUCAGUUUUCAAGGGAUGCCAGUGUUGCAGAAGCCUGGCUGUUGGGACAAGAACCGUACCUGUCAAGUCGAGAGAUUGGUCAGAGUGUAGAUGAGGUGGAGAAACUAAUAAAGAGACACGAGGCAUUUGAAAAGUCAGCAGCUACUUGGGAUGAAAGAUUUUCUGCUUUGGAACGCUUAACUACACUGGAAUUAUUGGAAGUGAGACGAAGGCAAGAGGAAGAAGAAAGAAAAAGGAAACCUCCAACUCCUGAGCCAGCACCACAGCCUGUAGAUGAAACAGAUUCUUCUAGAAUGGAAGGUGUGAAAGAAGGCGAACAAAUCUCACAGAAUGGCUUGCCAUCUGACCAGGAGUCUCCUCGGGUAACUGAGACUGCUGAAACCACAGAAAUGGUCAACGGAGCCACAGAACAGAGGACCAGCUCAAAAGAGUCUAGCCCGGUUCCUUCCCCAACAUCUGAUCGUAAAGCUAAGGUGAUUAUUCAGCCACAGACCGCCUCUACUCUUCCAUCUAAAACAGGAGAGUCCAUUACAUCGCAGAUGGAGGGCUUUUUGCAUCGGAAGCAUGAAUGGGAGGCGCAGAACAAAAAGGCUUCAAGCAGAUCUUGGCACAAUGUAUACUGUGUAAUAAACAACCAGGAGAUGGGAUUCUACAAGGACUCCAAGAAUGCUUCAGCUGGAAUUCCAUACCACAGUGAAAUUCCAGUAAGCCUGAAGGACGCACAGUGUGAAGUGGCAACCGAUUACAAGAAGAAGAAACAUGUCUUUAAACUUAAGCUAACAGAUGGCAAUGAAUACCUCUUUCAAGCCAAAGAUGAUGAUGAUAUGAACAGCUGGUUGAAGGCCAUCACUUCUGCCAUCUCUGAUAAAAGUGAAGUGUCCCCCAGCAGCCAGGGUACACCAGCCUCGAGCCGUGCCCAAACUCUGCCAGCCACCAUCACAGUGACCAGUGAGUCUAGCCCUGGCAAGCGGGAGAAGGACAAGGAAAAAGACAAGGAGAAGCGGUUCAGCCUUUUUGGGAAGAAAAAGUAAUUCCUUGAACUAACAAUAGCAUGCUGCUCUUUUGUUUCAUAAUCCUAUGAAAUUCCAGCAUGCCAGAUCAGAAACAGUCAGUACUCUCUCUCUGUCUGCUGCCCCUCCAAAGAAUGUUCAGUUUUGUUUGUGGAGUGGUGAAAACUUGGAGCAAAACUUAUAAAAUUCAAGGGGGCAACAUGCAGCUUCCACAGGUGAGAGAGAGAGGGCAGGAGGACCACUAAAAGAACAACGUACUAUGGUCAGAAUUAUUUAAACAGUUCCUCAAUUUUGUGAGGCUGUCUUGGGAACAUCCUUCAUCUUAUUUGCUAUUGUUAUGCAAGACAGCGGUGCUUAUAAAGCAGUGACAGAAGUAAUACUCCAUUGUACCUGCAUCAGAUAAACAUGUAAAAAUAAUUCCAGAAUAUCAUUCCCAUUUACAGAGGUUGCUAUGCUAAGCCUUGUAUAGUAGAGCUCUCCUUCAUAGCUAUAACCUUUAUAAACAGAUUUAUCAUAUUUGCUAUAUAAGUGCAGACUGACAUUAAUUUGCAUAAAAACAUUGUAACUAGCCACCAUUUUGUUAACAAGUACAUUGAUAUUAAGCUAUUAUUCAGCAACUGUGACAGGUAAGGUGUACAUGGAUGGCUGGUACACAGAUACUUUUAAAUAAACUGUAAUUUUAAACAUUUCCUUUUUUUCUGAGUUGCAUUAUAAUGUACGUUUCAAAUAAAUUCUAGUACAGAGUAUACAAACUAGAUGUAUUAUAAACCCUUUAAGAGCAUCUAUGUUAUGUGUAAAAGUGGAUUAAAAAAGCAGCAUUUACUGGUAAAAAGUAAUGUUACUCAAAUGGUUGCUUGUUGGCUAGGGCACUGUGCGUUAUAAUUUUGCGAACUUCUCUUGCUGUUUGAUAAAUAGUGUGCAUUUCUCUGUCACAGUUAACUAUUGUAAUGAGAAGUCUCAUUUUAUUGCACAAUCAAGACUACAUAGUAAGCAUAAAAUCCUUGCAAUGAUUGUGCCUGUACUUGAACAAGUAUGGGAACUGACUUUUGGAUUUAUGAAAUUACACCUCUAGACAUUUACCCUACCUGUUAAAUAUGUGCGAUGUCAAUAAAAUGCUUUUAAAAUUUA